CGCAAGCGAUCUGCCCUUGACCUCCUAAAGUGUUGGGAUUACAGGCGUGAGCUACCGUGCCCAUUCCUUUUUUCCUGAACAUUUUCCAAGUGAGGUUGGUGGAAAUCACGGAUGGGGAACUACGCAUGCAGAGGGCUGACUGGAAUUGAUUUCUUUCUGCCUCCUCACUAAUCUGCACACUGCAGGCAGGGACCUGGUCUCAUCAUGCCUGCACCUCCAAGCACUGCCCUCUUACCCUGUAGUCUCCCCAUUGGUCAGCUUGGUUCCAUGAAGGAACUCCGUUAUCACAGCAAGGACUGACCUCACACUGGUGGCUCCAAGUCACUGCCCAAACAUUCUGAAGGGAGUAGAGCUUGAUUGCUCAGAUAGAGGGCAGAUGCUGGACUGUAGCUGAGUAUUUCCUUUCAUCCUUAGGAUAAAAUACUGAUAAUUUGAGAGUGAUGGACAAGGUUCAGAGUGGUUUCCUCAUUUUGUUUUUGUUUGUAAUGGAAUGCCCACUUCAUUUAUGCUUGCCGUUUGCAGAUGGACUCCAUCCCACUAGAAACGUAACAGGCUUACCAGGCAAUAAACAAUCACAGCCACCCAGAAACAUCACCAAAGGGCCCCAAGUGUUCUCUCGUAAAACGCAGUUACCUGGGAUUCAAGGGGCUGCCUCGAGAUCCGUGGCGGCGUCACCUACGAACCCCGUGAAAUUCCUGAGGAAUAAAGCAAUAAUUCGGCAUAGACCCGCUCUUGUUAAAGUAAUUUUAAUUUCGAGCGUAGCCUUCAGCAUUGCCCUGAUAAGUGGGAUGGCAAUCUCCUAUAUGAUAUAUCGACUGGCACAGGCUGAGGAAAGACAACAGCUGGAGUCGCUUUAUAAGAAUAUCAGGAUACCGUCAUUAGGAGACAAAGAAGAGGGCUCAGAGGAUGAGGAUGAGUCCACGCACCUACUUCCAGAGAACGAAAAGGAGCUGGAGAAGUUCAUCCACUCAGUUAUUAGAUCAAAAAGAAGGAAAAAUAUGAAGAAGAAGAAACUGAGGGAAGAGAGAAACUCAGUAACACAAAAAGAAACAAAGAAUACGUCACAUAAUGGAAAAAUGGAAGAUUUGUGAACACAGGUGACAGAGGUGCCGGCUGAGGCAGAGGAGAGACUAUAGGGGUGCUGGGAGACUGAGCCCGUGGGCGUGGCUUGCUCCCAGAGAACCUUGUGGAAGAAGACAUCAAAGAAAGAAAUGCCAAACGUGUAUCCCAGAAAAUAAAGCCACAUGACAUAGCAA